AUGUAUACCUUUUCUCUCUUUUUAUACAUUGGCAUUUUCGCCCUCCUUUUCAAAGGCAUCUCCAUUUACCAUACCAAGCGCAAGCGUCGUCAAAAUGCUGAACUACAUGGCUGUGCCCUUCCUCCAAAAGUUUUUGGGUCCGAUCCAUUCGGUGUCAUAAGUGUGAUUGAAGCAGCAAGAGCAAAUCGCCAAGGAAGAAGUCCAAAAUGGUUUAUGGAAAUCAUGGAUAGGAUAUCACCGGAUACUUUGACGGUGAGGGGACAGGUUUUGGAUACUGAGGUCAUCAUCACCAGAGAUCCAAGUUUGGCGCAGUUUAUUCUACAGACUGAGUCACAUAAGUGGGACAUUGGAACACAAAGGAAGGAGAUUUGGAGCCCGCUGCUUGGUGAUGCUAUCUUUACUGCUCAGGGCGACGCAUGGAAACAUUCCAGACAGCUUGUACGACCACAAUUCUCCAGAGAAAGAGUAUCAGAUCUCGACCUCGAAGAGCGCCACGUCCAGGCAUUGUUUGCUCGUCAAGAACUCCAAAGCACUCAAACUGGCUGGACAGAAAAGGUUGAUCUUGCCCCUUUAUUUCUUAACUUAACGCUAGACGUGUCUACUGAGUUCCUCUAUGGAAAAUCUGUACAUUCUCAAGAUGCCGGCAACUCAUCAAAGAUCGAAACAGCAAGUCCAAACCCCUUCAAGGACACGGACACCACAGAUUUCCGCACCUUUGGACGUCACCUUGAUGCCGGAAAGGAAACAUUAUUCCUGAAAGGCAUUGCUGGUCGGUGGAACGGAUAUGUCAAAGGCCGCAACUUCGAUCAUCACCGCGAUGAAGUUCAUCGGAUGGUCGACAAAUUUGUCGAAAGACGCCUUCGUCAAAACCAAGACGAGGAAAAAAGCGCAGAAACGGCUUCAGAGAAAAAACCAUUCUCGUUGUUGGAUGAAUUGGCAAAAGUAAAUCAAGAUCCAGUUAGACUUCGCUGCGAAACACUGCAAAUACUCAACGCUGGUCGCGAUACAACUGGCUCUUUGCUCGGCUGGACAUUCUAUUACCUUGCACGCAAUCCUAACGUCUACUCUAAACUUCGAAGCAUAAUUCUUUCCGAAUUUGGACCGGAAGGUUCGGAUAUUUCGUUUCAAUCUUUGCGAUCUUGUAAAUACUUACAAUACGUGAUUGAUGAAACGUUACGGGUGGGCGCAGCUGUUCCUUUGAAUGACCGCACAUGUAACCAAGAUACAAUAUUACCGCGUGGAGGAGGUCGCGAUGGUACACAACCUAUGUUCUUACCAGCUGGGUCGAGAAUACUGGUUUCCACGUAUGCGAUGCAAUAUCGGAAAGAUAUUUGGGGUGAAGACGCCGAUCAGUUCAGGCCCGAGAGGUGGGAAGGCAGAAGAGCUGGCUGGGAAUUCAUUCCUUUUGGUGGAGGCCCGAGAAAGUGCAUUGGUCGUCAGAUUGCAUAG